AACAAGGAGCUUAACUCUGUCGGUGAUGAUAUCAACUCACUGUCAAGCAGCAUUGAAGGUGGAACCAAAUGGUUGGUCAACAAAUUAAAAGGAAAGAUGCAAAAGCCGUUAACGGAGUUGCUGAAGGAGUAUGAUCUUCCGAUAGGACUCUUUCCUCGUGAUGCAACUAACUAUGAAUUCAAUGAAGAAACAGGAAAGCUUGUUGUUUAUAUUCCUCAACUGUGUGAAGUAGGCUACAGAGAUUCAUCAGUGUUGCGUUUCUCGACCAGUGUGUCUGGUUACUUGGAGAAAGGAAAGCUAGCAGAGAUAGAAGGUAUGAAGACAAAAGUUUUGGUGUGGGUGAAAGUUACUACCAUUUCAUCCGAGGGAUCAAAGCUUCAUUUCACUGCUGGCAUGAAGAAAACAAGGAAAAGGGAUGCAUAUGAGGUUUCUAGAGAUGGUGUAAUUAUUGAUAAAUUCUAAAAUUGUGAUGAUGUAUUAAUAUUGAUUAACAUUAACAUCCAUGUAUUAAUAGUUUGACAAUGUGUAAAAUAAUGUUUGUUCUUGUGGACCAUUUGGUUAGAUUUGAAUUUUGGUAAGUUGAACCUCUUUGGAAAUUGUUUAGGAUCAA